AUGGCUAGAGAUCCAGUCUCAGACGACUCAGUGCUGUCAGAAAAUGCUCCUUCUAUAGAGAAGACCUCGCCUGAGGUUGUCCACACUGUGACCUCUUUGGAUGUGGAAAAGGUGGAAAAAGACCUUGAACACGAUGACUGGCUGUACCACUCGGGAAAUGUGGAGGAGUUGGCUAAUUCUCCGUACCCUGAAGUUCGUGCUGCUGUGAGUUUGGAUAUUGAUCUUGACGUGAAGAUCAACCACUGGAGAACAUGGACUUUGACAAUGCUUUUCGUGAUUGUGUUUGCAGGUGUCAACCAGUUUUUCUCGCUUCGUUAUCCUUCGUUGAGUAUUGGGUUCAUUGUGGCCCAGAUCGUGUCGUUUCCUAUCGGUAAGUUGUUGGCUAAGCUUCCUCACUAUAAGCCUUCGUUUCUUCCUGACUUCUUUCAGCUUAACCCUGGUCCUUACUCGAGGCAAGAACACGCUUUGCUUACCAUUGUGGUGUCGUUGACUUCUUCCACUUCGUACGCCAUGAACAUUCUUAUUGCCCAGACAAACUUCUACAACCAGGAACUUAGCGCUGGGUAUAUGAUUCUUUUGGUGUUUUCCGUCCAGCUCUUGGGUUACGGUGCCGCUGGUCUUACCAGACGUUUCAUUGUCUACCCAGCUGCUAUGAUCUGGCCACAGACUUUGGUGACAACGUCUCUUUUCAAUACUUUACAUACCAGGGAAGGCAAUGUUCUUGAUAAAAUGGUUGCCAACGGCUGGAGCAUGUCGAGAUAUAAGUUCUUUGGCAUUGCCUCUAUCUUUUCCUUUGUAUGGUACUGGUUGCCAGGAUACUUGUUCAAGGCCUUGUCUUAUUUCGACUUCAUUACCUGGAUCUGGCCCCAGAACAUUGUGGUGAACCAGGUCUUUGGUGUCCAAUCUGGUCUUGGUAUCAUUCCUAUUUCCUUUGAUUGGACCCAGGCUACCCAAGCCAUGUCUGUGUCUCCAUUGGCUACCCCAGCUUGGGUUUCUGCCAAUACCUACGCUUCCGUCUUUAUCUUCUUCCUCAUUGUCUUGCCUUGCUUGUACUACACUAACACCAUGUACGCAAAGUAUAUGCCAAUGAUGUCCACUACUACUUUUGACAACACAGGAAAGAAGUACGACGUUGCUAAGGUGCUCAACGACCGUCUUGUGUUCGACGAAGAAAGCUACCAGCAGUACUCUCCAUUGUUUGUGCCUUUCUCGUACUUGCUUUCCUACGCUCUUAACUUUGCUGCUGUGAUUGCCAUUUUCGUCCACUGUUUCUUGUACCACGGUAAGGAUAUUGCCCAGAAGUUGAGAGACCAUAGACACGGUGGUGAGGAUAUUCACAAGAGAUUAAUGAACAACUUUGAGGAAGCACCUGACUGGUGGUACUUGGUUUUGUUUGCCAUUUCUAUUGGUCUUUCUUUUGCGGCCGUGUGUGGAUUUGAAACCCAACUUCCAUGGUGGGGUCUUAUUAUUGCCAUGUUGAUUACCUUUGUCAACUUCAUUCCUCAAGGUUUGCUUGAAGGUAUCACUAACCAGCACGUUGGUCUUAAUAUCAUUACAGAGCUUGUGGCUGGUUACAUCUGGCAAGGUAAGCCUUUGGCUAACAUGAUGGUCAAGUUGUACGGUUUCAUUCCUAUGAGACAAGGUCUUGACUUUUCCAGAGAUUUGAAGAUUGCCCAGUACAUGAAGAUCCCACCAAGACUUUUGUUCUUUGUCCAGAUUAUUGGUACUUUGGUUGCAGGCUUGGUCAAUGUGGGUGUCCAAGAAUGGAUGAGAUCUAACAUUGACAACAUCUGUAACCCUAAGCAGGCUGACGGUUUCAUUUGUGCAAACGGUAGAACCAUCUUUAACGCUUCUAUCAUUUGGGGUGCUGUUGGUCCAGCUAAGUUAUUCAAUCCUGGUCAACGUUACAAUGCUUUCAUGUGGUUCUUCCUUAUUGGAUUCUUUGCUCCAAUUGUUACUUGGCUUGCCGCUAAAAGAUGGCCAAAGCACUGGGUUAGUAAAAUUAAUGCCCCAGUGUUCUUCACCGGUCCAGGUAACAUUCCUCCAUCCACCAUCUACAACUACUCCCUUUACUUCGUUAUUUCCUACGGCUGGAACCACUACAUCAGAAAAUGGUUUAAGGAGUUCCACGUCAAGUACACAUACAUUCUUUCGGCUGCCAUUGACUCUGGUGUUUCUAUUUCAGCUGUCAUUAUCUUCCUUUGUGUUUCCUACCCUGCUGGUGCACUUCUGUGGUGGGGUAACACUGUUUACAACAGCAACUUGGAUGGUAAAGCAACUCCAUUUUACACUUUGGCUCCAGGUGAGACAUUUGGACCAACAACAUGGACUUAA